UCUCUCUCUAAUCUCCAUAUUCUCUCUCUAUAUAAGAUCUCUGGCCUCCAUCCAUCUCAUCAGUUUCAGCGAUCUUCUGUGAGAUUACCUUCUCUACCGGCAAAUUCCCAUAUCACUUCUUUUCACAAGAAAACCAGUGAAAACCCAAUUUUCUCCAUCGUAAAACCAGUGGAAAAAUGUCUCUGAUUCCAAGCUUUUUUUGGCGAAGGUCCAAUGUCUAUGACCCCUUCCCUCUCGGCAUUUGUGAACCCUUUGAUGGCUUCUUCCCUUCUCCUUUUAACACAAACACCGUUUCCUCUUUUUCCCUUUUCAAUCCCAGUGAUUCUGCAACCUCUGCUUUCUUGAAUGCGAGGUUCGAUUGGAAAGAGACUGAGAAUGCCCAUGUGUUCGAGGCCGAUCUCCCUGGACUCAAGAAAGAGGAGGUGAAGGUGGAAUUAGAAGAUGGGAAGGUGUUGCAGAUAAGUGGAGAGAGAAAGAAGGAGAUGGAAGAGAAGACCGACAAGUGGCACAGGGUUGAGAGAAGGCAGGGCAGGUUUCUGAGGAGGUUCAGGCUAGCUGACAAUGCAAAGGUGGAUGGUAUGAAGGCGGCCAUGGAGAAUGGGGUUCUCACUGUGACCAUUCCCAAAGUUGAGGCCCCAAAUCCUGAUGUCAAAUCCAUUAAGAUUUCCGGCUAAAUUUCUGAAUUUUCCGGCAAUAUUUGCGUGAUGUAAGAUGAAAGUGAGAUAAUGACUGCGGUUUUGUGUUGUGUUUGUAAUGUGGGUUUCUUCUAACAUGGAAUUGGUGAGAAGUUAAUAGAAUUUGAAUGUGCAGAAGUGUUUGAUCAUUUGAUGAAUCGAAUGAUUUUCAGUUCGUAUCGUUUU